AUGGAAAAUGUUGAACACAGCAAAACAAUAGCACUUGCUACUCUUUUAGAUCCCAGAUUCAAACUUGCUGUCUUCAAAGACGAAACUGCAAAGCAAUUGAUCAAAAAAACAUGUACAGAACUUUUAGCUGCAAUCUGGACAGAGACACAUGGCAAACCUUGCACAGCAGAUGAUGAAGAAAUUGGUAACACUCAAAACAAAGAUGGCAACGUAGAUUCCGCAAAAUUUUCCGUCUGGGAGGACGUUGACAACAUAAUUGCCAAGGAGAAACCUACAGGUACGAAGACCUCCGCUGCAAUUGUCGAGUUGAACCGGUACUUAGAUGACAGCUAUCUAGGACGGAAAAAAGAUCCUAUGGGCUGGUGGAAAGAGAAUCAACAUGUAUACCCUAUUAUGAGCAAAUUGGUGAAAUUAAAAUUUAACGUCAUGGCUACAUCCGUCCCAUGUGAACGACUUUUUUCUAAAGCAGGAAAUUUUUUGACAGAACGCCGAUCAAGACUGAGUUCAAAACGAGCAGAGCAGUUGCUGUUUUUGAAUGGAAAUCUAAAUCUUCUACAGUAAAUAGAAAUCAAAAAAUUUAAGUUAUAUAUAAGUUCUGCAAGUUAAAUAUAUGAAAUUAUGUAAUUCAUUUUCUUGCAAUUAAUCUUAUAUGAAGCCAUAGUGUACAGUUUGGUUAUAUUGCCCAUUUUAUUUUCUAAAUAUGCUUAAUUGUGUCUUUGAAUCUCCAUACAUUCGUGUAUCUUCAUUUAAUCUAAAGUACAAUAUUUGACAGUGUAAUUGUAAUGUACAUUUGAACAAUAUGUUUAUGUAUGUAUAUAUUUGUAAUUUAUAAAGUGUUCCUAUAUGAUUUAAU